AUGGCCUUGGAGGCUGUUGUUUACCCGCAAGAUCCAUUCUCCUACAUCGCUUGCAAAGAUUUUCAGUUUCACGACUCAUACUUUCAACAAGAAGAAGAUCGAGAUCCACAAGACACCAAGAACAACAUUAAGCUAGGGCAAGAACAAGGACAAGCGUUCGCAAGUAGUAAUUACACCGGCAACAAAACCGCAGAGAGUGAUGAUUAUGAUUACAAAGAGGAUGAUCUUCAAUGGCCGCAAGACGACCUUCCCUAUGGAUCCAUCGUCGACAUAGAGAAACAGCCUCCGCUGUCGGAUGUGGCGACGGGAGGAGGGAGAAGAAAGAGGAGGAAGACAAGGAGCAGCAAGAACAAAGAAGAGAUUGAGAACCAGAGAAUGACUCACAUCGCCGUCGAGAGAAAUCGCCGGAAACAGAUGAAUGAGUACCUCGCCGCUCUCCGUUCUCUCAUGCCGCCUUCUUAUGCUCAAAGGGGAGAUCAAGCGUCAAUUGUUGGCGGAGCUAUUAACUACUUAAAGGAGCUUGAGCAACAUUUACAAUCAAUGGAGCCUCCGGUAAAGACCACCGCCUUAGAAGACGCCGGAGCCGGAGGAGACCAGACAAAAACAAUCACCGCCGGCUCAACGGGACCAUUCUCUGAUUUUUUUUCAUUUCCUCAAUACUCGAGCCGGCCUUCGUCAUCGUCGGUGGCUGAGGGGACGGCGGAGAUAGAGGUGACAAUGGUGGAGAGCCAUGCGAGUGUGAAGAUACUUGCUAAGAAAAGACCGAAACAGCUUCUUAAACUGGUCGCAUCGAUACAGAGCCUAAGGCUCACUCUACUUCAUCUCAACGUCACCACGCGAGACAAUUCCGUCCUCUAUUCCAUCAGCCUUAAGGUUGAAGAAGGGAGUCAAUUGAAUACAGUGGAAGAUAUUGCAGCAGCUGUGAAUCAAAUCCUAAGGAGGAUUGAAGAAGAGUCCUCCUUUAGCUAA